AUGAGGCAUUCUCCUAUUACACCACUAGCAUUCUCCAUAUAUUUUCUUACUUUAUUUCUUUCCACCCAAGCUAGAUACCAUUUCCAUCCAAAACACAACCACUCACAUUCUCAUAAUUCACCUGAAAUUCCACAACCUCCUGCUCCACUUCCUGCACCUUCUAUCUCUCCUGAUGAAGCUCCUAGUCCUGCUGUUAGCGAGAACUACUAUAAUUCAUCUAGCUUUUUCGAUGUAAGAAAAUUUGGGGCCAGUGGAGAUGGAAUAACUGAUGAUACAGAGUCAUUCAAGAUGGCAUGGGACACUGCUUGCCAAAGUGAAUCAGCAGUUAAUGUUAUCCUCGUUCCCCAUGGUUUCUCCUUCAUUAUACAAUCUACUAUCUUCACUGGUCCUUGUCAAGGUGGCUUAGUGUUAAAGGUUGAUGGCACUCUUAUGCCACCUGAUGGACCUGAAUCUUGGCCAAAGAAUAAUAGUAGGCAUCAAUGGCUGGUCUUUUAUAGAAUCAACGGAAUGUCACUGGAAGGAAGUGGUUUAAUAGAUGGGAGAGGAGAAAAAUGGUGGGACCUUCCAUGUAAGCCUCAUAAGGGACCUCAUGGGACAACAGCUCCAGGACCUUGUGACAGCCCAAUUGUAAGUUGCCAAAGUUUUUCUCAUGUAUGAGUGUAUUAUGAUUGAAAAUUAUUAUUCAUGUAUAAAUAACUCUGCAUGUUGCAGGCUUUAAGGUUUUUCAUGAGUUCCAACUUGACUGUACAAGGACUUAGGAUCAAGAACAGCCCCCAGUUCCAUUUCAGAUUUGAUGCCUGCAAAAGCGUCCACAUAGAAUCAAUCUUCAUAACAGCUCCAGCACUAAGCCCCAAUACUGAUGGAAUACACAUAGAAAAUACCAAUGACGUGAAAAUAUACAAUUCUGUCAUUUCUAAUGGUGAUGACUGCGUGUCCAUUGGAUCCGGUUGCCAUGAUGUUGAUAUAAAGAACAUAACAUGUGGACCUGGUCAUGGGAUUAGCAUUGGUAGUCUGGGAAAUCACAACUCUAGAGCCUGCGUUUCAAACAUAACUGUGAGGGACUCAGUUAUAAAAGUGUCAGAUAAUGGGGUUAGAAUCAAGACAUGGCAAGGUGGAUCAGGAUCAGUAUCAGGAGUGACAUUCAGUAAUAUUCACAUGGAUAGUGUAAGGAAUCCCAUUAUAAUUGACCAAUUCUACUGCCUCACCAAGGAUUGCACCAACAAGACCUCUGCAGUGUUUGUAUCAGAUAUACUUUACACAAACAUAAAGGGAACGUAUGAUAUAAGGUUCCCACCUAUGCGUUUUGCCUGUAGUGACUCUGUUCCGUGCACUAACUUGACACUCUCAGAUAUUGAGCUUCUUCCCUCUCAAGGUUAUAUAGUGCGUGAUCCUUUCUGUUGGAAUGCUUAUGGAAAUUCAGAGACACUAACCAUUCCCCCUGUCUCUUGCUUGCUGGAGGGCAAUCCUCAGUCCAUUUCAGGCAAUGACAUAGAUCAUUGCUGA